GGUGACGGCUCUCUUUCCCUCGCGGCCGCCGAAGAGGCGAUGGCGGCAGCGGCUGUGGCGGCUCCGGGCCUGAGCGAGCGCUGGUGGGCGGAGCUGCCGCAGCACGCCGUGCUGUGCCGCCUGAGGGAGCAGGCCGCCGCGCCGGCGCCCGGGCCGGAGCAGCCCCGGCCGGCACUGCCGCGGGACCUGCUGCUCGGCGUCGGCGCGGAGCUCUUUCUAUGGGAUGGCGAGCGCGCCGCCUUCUACGUGCUCGGCCUGAGGGGCCUCGGCGACGAGCCCGGCAGCCUGGGCCGCUACCAGACCCUGCUCUGCAUAAAUGCCCCUUUUUUUGAAGUGUAUCAAACUGUGCUGAGCCCUACACAGCAACAUGUGGCUCUCAUCGGGACCAAAGGCCUGAUGGUACUGGAGUUACCUAAGCGCUGGGGGAAAAACUCUGAGUUCGAAGGGGGGAAGCCCACGGUUAAUUGCAGCACCACACCUAUCGCUGAAAGAUUCUUCACCAGUUCGACAUCCCUGACCCUGAAACAUGCCACCUGGUACCCCAGUGAGACUCUGGAACCCCAUGUCGUGCUGCUAACAUCUGAUAACACCAUAAGGAUUUACAGCUUGAGUUCUCCGCAGACUCCCGUGAAAGUGAUUGCUCUCUCAGAUGCUGACGAGGAGACUCUGAGGCUCAAUAAAGGGAGAGCCUAUACAGCCCUGAUGGGAGAGACUGCUGUGGCGUUUGACUUUGGACCGCUGGCAGUGGUCCCCAAGAACAUAGCGGGGCAGCAAGAGAAAGGGGAGGUGCUAGCGUAUCCUCUGUACAUCCUGUAUGAAAAUGGGGAGACCUUCCUGACCUACAUUAGUCUCCUGCACAGUGCUGGAAACCUUGGCAAGCUACUGGGCCCGUUGCCAAUGUACCCAGCGGCUGAAGACAACUAUGGGUACGAUGCCUGCGCCAUUCUCUGCCUGCCUUGCGUGCCCAACACCUUGGUGAUUGCCACCGAAUCGGGGAUGCUGUACCACUGUGUGGUGCUCGAGGGCGAAGAGGACGACGAGCAGAUGUCCGUCAAGUCCUGGGAUUCAAGGACUGACCUCAUCCCAUCGCUCUACGUGUUUGAAUGUGUGGAACUGGAGCUUGCGCUGAAGUUGGCAUCAAGAGAAGGGGAGGAGCCACUGGAGUCGGACUUUUCCUGCCCAAUUAAAUUGCACAGAGAUCCCAAAUGCGCCUCUCGCUAUCACUGCACGCAUGACGCUGGAGUGCACUGCAUCGGGCUCCCCUGGAUCAGCAAGCUUCACAAGUUCCUGGGCUCAGAUGAAGAAGACAAGGACAGUUUGCAGGAGCUCGGAGCGGAACAGAAAUGCUUUGUGGAGCACAUCCUCUGCACCAAGCCCCUGCCGUGCAGGCAACCUGCCUCCAUUAAGGGCUUCUGGAUCGUCUCCGAUAUCCUGGGCCCAACAAUGGUCUGCAUCACCAGCACCUAUGAAUGUGUCACCAAGCCUCUUCUCUCCACCGUCCACCCGGCCUGCCCUCCACUUCUGUGCACCAAGGAGGAGUCACAGAUUGCAGCCUCGCCUCUCCGCAUCCUGGCUGAAUCGCGGGACUCGUUUGAGAGGCACGUCCGAAACAUCCUGUGCCGCAGCUCCGCCAACCCACUGCUGCUGAAAGCAGCAGAUAAAGAGUCUUCCCCUCCCCCUGAAGAAUGCCUUCAGCUUCUGAGCAGAGCCACGCAGGUGUUCCGGGAAGAAUACAUCCUGAAGCAGGACCUCGCCCGAGAGGAGAUCCAGCGAAGAGUGAAAUUGCUGCGUGAGCAGAAAACGAAGCAGCUGGAAGACCUUGCCUACUGUCGGGAAGAAAGGAAAAGCCUGCGGGAGAUGGCCGAGUGCUUGGCGGACAGGUAUGAAGAAGCCAAGGAGAAACAGGAGGAUGUUGUGAACAGGAUGAAGAAAGUGCUGCGCAGUAUUCACUCUCAGUUGCCUGUCCUGUCAGACAGCGAAAAGGAUAUGAAGAAGGAACUACAGACGAUACAAGAACAACUGCGGCACUUAGGAAAUGCUAUCAAGCAGGUUAAAAUGAAGAAGGAUUAUCAGCAACGGAAAAUGGAGAAAGGGACCAGUCCACGGAAACCCAGCAUCACCCUCAGUGCUUAUCAGCGGAAAUGCAUCCAGACCGUUCUCAAAGAGGAGGGAGAGCACAUCCAGGAGAUGGUGAAACAAAUAAAUGAUAUCCGAAACCACGUAACCUUUUAGUUUAAUAUGAACAGGCUAGAUCAGCUGUCUUUCUCCUAAUUUAUGAGUUAUACAUAGUUGUUUUGCUUUGUUUUUUACUUAUUAAAUAAACAUCUUAUUUAAAAGUUAAUCGUUCACUUCUAA